AUGAGGGCCUGCACGUAUCGCAAUUACAUGGACGAGAUGCUCGGCAUAAUCGACGAGAUAGAGUGUCGAACCCCGGAACCGGAAGUGUGCAACGCGAGGUGUCCACCUCUAGGCUGUCCACGAGGACCUUGUCCAGGGAUGUGCUGUUACCAGGGCGUGUGCGAUCCCUGUUGCGUGUCGCAAAUGCCCUGUUGCCCGCCACCCCCUCAGCCGCCGCGUUGUCGAGCACCACCCUUGUACAAAAUGGACGAAGACGUGGAGAGGAUAAAAAUGAGUGCUCCUCAGGAAUUCAACGUAACACGAUUCAUAACUUGUUUGCUGCGCGAUUCCCGGCACGAGAAAGACGAGGACGGAGAAGAGUACGUUGGUCGUCCGUCAGAAUACACGAGACAAAUGUUGAUGACAACGGAGGAGAGGACGCAGUAUAUCCUGAAAUGGAAGCACAGGCUCGAUCUACCAUUCUGCACCAAAUUCGAGGGUGGCAAUUUCGAAGUCAGCCCCAGCAUCGUCGUAUUUCAACAAUUCACACCUGGAGCUUCUUUGAGCGUGAUAGUGACACUUCGCAACGUGACAGGGGUGCCGAGGUAUUUGAGGAACACUUACGAGCCUGAUCCUUUCUUCACCGUCGAGUUUUGUGGCAGCAGUUUCUCGACGAUGCUCGCGCCAGGUCUUUCCAAUUCUUACAGAGUGAGAUUCAUGCCCCAAAGAAGGGAGGACUGUCAUUACGAGAUGAAAUUCGCGACUGAUGCUGGAGACUUGAUCGUACCAGUCAUAGCGAUCAAUGGGAGAGGGAUCUUGGAUUUUCCCGAUCGAAUCGACGUACCUCUGACGGCUGUCAAAAUUUCUUCCUCGAAGACGAUAUUCGUUCGCAACGUGGGGAAUGCGCCGGUGGUUUUCACCCUUUACACCGAUAAUCCCUGCUUCUGGAUCGAGCCAUCGAAGGGAAGGGUAGAGGAAGAGGAAUCCCUGCAAUUUACUGUGUACUUCUCGUCCAAGAAAGCCGGGGAUUUCGAAGGCAACCUUUUCCUCGAAUACGACACGGGGGAGAAGCUGAGGAUAGAUCUUCGAAGCUCCGCGGAGAGCUGCCCCGUCCGAAUCGACAGAGGCAGCGUGAGGAUGGAGGAAACUUUCCUGGGUCUAUCGAGGAGCAAGACCCUCACGAUCCACAACAGAAGCAAUUACAUCGUCAAGUAUAAGUGGAUGCUGCUAGAGAGUGCCGAGGCGGACAACGAACGGAGAGAGCAUUACAAGAAGUUGUUCCAUCUGGUUUACGAGAGAGAGCUCGUCCGCUGCGUGGAUCUCGUUCAUUACAACGUGUGCACACCUGACAUCCAUCAACUGAUUUAUCAACGCAUCUACACGGACGAACUCGAGUCCCUGACGAAGGAAACCUUUCAAUACAAUAAUAUGUACUUCAUGUUCUCGCCUGAGGAGGGCGAAAUUUGGCCACAGUCUUCGAUCGAUGUCACAGUGUUCUAUCGUGCAUUGGAAGUCGGCGAAGUAACCAGUACCGCCUAUUUGGAGGUGACUGGUCGCGAAGACAGAAUUCCCUUGAGCCUCCACGGAACAGGCAAAGGACCAGUUCUCCAGCUAAACGUCCUCACCAUCAAUCUGGAGAACAUCUACAUGUGUUCCGUGCACAAUUACGAGAUAAUAGCGGCGAAUAAAGGGCAUAUUUCCGGCACGCUGGUUUACAGGGGAAAACCAAGCGACUUCGGCGGAAUGAUCGACGUGACACCCCCGAGCAUUAAACUACAGCCAGACGAGUAUAAAUCCUUCAAUUUGUCGUUUUCGUCGAAUCGUAAGGGCGAUUUCGUGGAGAGGGUCGAUUUCGUGGUGAAAGAGAGCCUCGAGGUGCUCAGCUUGCAUAUCAAGGGAUGCAUCAUAUGCCCGACUUUACACUUUGACAAGGAGAGCCUCGAUUUUGGCACCACGGCCCUUGGAUUCAGCACGAGGCAAGACGUACACCUGCAUAAUCUAUCCUUGAUACCCGUGGCUUUCACCAUAACCGUGUUAAACGAUGGGGAUCAGGCUGCGCUGCAUCACGAAGACUUCGUGAGAGCCCUAACGAAGCCAAGUUUCCCGAGCAACCCUCGAGAGUUCCACGUCGUCCCUGCGGAAGGCGUGGUGGCCGCCCAAGGCUGUCUUAAAAUCAAGGUCAUUUACACUGCCAAUAUCGUGCGUGUCGGUCAGACGACGAUCGAGGUCGACAUGUGGGACUCUGAUUCGGACCCUGUCACGCUGCCAGUGGCAUUCUGCGGCAGAGUAGCUUCGUUAUCGAUCACACCACCGGAUAUCACGGUUCGAUUCUGCUUCGUUAACUUCCCCUAUUCGCGAUCCUUCACUGUGGAGAACCAUUCCGACCUGGACGGAUUCUUCUACCUGCUGCCACAACCAGUCGCGGAUGACACGCCUGUGAUUUGCUCACUUUCCAAGCAUCAGGGUUAUGUCAAGGCUCGUCAGUCGAAGAUCAUCGAAGCGACUAUCAUCACUAGGGCUUUAGGUCGUCACAAAAUCACCCUGACUAUGCUGACUAUGGGAGAAGAUUCAUCGACCUCGUCCAACGUGAUCAUCACGUGCAAUGGUCAGGGUCCUGUGGUCUCCGUGGAGCCAAACUCCCUAGACUUCCACGAGGUGAAAGUCCUCGAGGAGAAGACGAUGAACUUUCAGCUGAUCAACGACUCGCCUAUUCCUACCCAGUUCACUGUCACAUUGAGAAACGCACGUUCGCCAUGGAUACCUAUCCCGGAAUCUGGCAGCCUAGAACCUCAUGGAUCGAUGACCAUCGUCGUCAAACUAUCACUCGUGGAUGCUGGCAAGUUCAAAGACAAAGUGAUAGUGUCUGUGAUUAACAGUAGGUCCAUUCCCGUGGACGUGAAAGUGUUUGGAUAUGGAUGCUGCGUAAUUUUCGAGCCACAGAUAUUCCCUGUCUACGACUGGGGGCUUCUCUUCAGUCAUCAGCAAAUCGAUCGGACGAUAACCCUGACGAACCGAGGAACUCGAGACUACCAAAUGUACUGGGUAACCGAUCCUGAAAUACGCUUCCGACGAGGCCAGAUGGUAAUGCCGGAAAACACCAAGUUCCAACUGCAACCCAUGAUCGUGGACAUCCCACCAGGGGAAACCAAACACGUCCACUGCAAGCUGUUCUGGAAGGUAAACGAGUGUCUGGCGGAGAAAUGGUACGUCUUCGGUCAGAUACAGGGUGUAGGGAAACGAGAGCUGAUCGGCACGUCGACUUUCACAGUAGUCCUGAUAGAACCGCAGAUUCUCUUCAGCAAGAGGAAGCUGACGUUCCGCGUGGACAUCUGUCCCGACCAGGACAAAUUGCAGCAAACAGACGAGCUACUGGUGACCAAUCAGUCGAAGCUUGAUCUGAACGUCCAGUUGUCGGUGAAGGAACCGUUUUAUCUGAUAACUGAUAGUAGGGAACACGUGCAAAGCAGGAAGAUCGUCCUCAUAGAUGGAGCCACCACGACGAUCGGUGUCCUCUUCUCCUUCGACUAUGACACGGAGGAACGUUGCUCCAGGAGCUAUUCCGGCGUGCUUCGAUUCGAGUACGAGGAACAUCCUAAUCAGGAUAAAAUCUCGUGCAAAGGCUACGUGAACUUCCCGAACCUCGCUAUAGAGCCGGAGGAUUUCGUAAUUAACUGCGAACUGGGCUCCAGCGCCGAGGAAAUAUUAACGUUAACCAAUAACGGACCCGUAUCGGUGCUGUAUAAAUUCCUGUGGCUCGCAGAUUCCAUCGAGAUACAGCGAGAUCUGGACACCGAUCGCGAGUGUCCUGGAUGUUCACCGCGAGAAGCAAAAUUACGGCCGAAUACACCAGAAAUUCCCGAGGUUUCAGUCGCAACUGUGGCAAACGAAGAACUUCACACAAGUGACAGGCAAGACGGAAGUGGAUACGGACCACUGAGCACGAUACCGCCACCUGCGAAUUCUCCCGCUUCCGAGAUACACAAGCCGGAGAUCUCGAGUGUAGAUGAGAAUUCUGAAAGCGACGACUGCCAAAUCUCCGGACAGGAGAUCAGAGAAUUCCUAAUGCCGAUGGUCGGACCGUACUUCAGAAAAGACGAAGACUUAGUCGUGUUAGAGAGCAUGAGCACAGAUCCUCCGAAGGAUUAUUACAUCAACGAGCUGUUCCUCAAGUACAAUCGCAAGAGCUUGGUCCUGAGGAAUCUCUGCGCGAUAGCGUUCGAGUACGAGAUAAAGGAGGUGGCUUCCGUGGACGCGAUAGAUCGAUUCGAUAUACAUCCGUUGAAAGUCGAACCCAAUACCGGCUUUGUGGACCCCGAAUCGUCCGUGGAAUUUCACGUGGACCAUCUGCCCACGAAGCUUGGCCCUAUCGAUCAUCGAUUUCAGCUGGAGGUACGGCCUUUAAAUCUCUGA